GACCCCUAAUUCGCAUCAACCGCAAAGGUCGUCCCUUUGCCACCUGCUCCAUCUGCAACUGCACCCCCUGCGAAAGCCCCGAAGAGCACGCCAAGCUCAAACGUGAGACCGAUCAUCAUCAUCCUUCUUCAUCCUCAAAAGUACACGUUCACCAUAUUUCUACACACCUCAUUUCACCCAUCGUAAAUGGAUUUUGGUGCAGUUCAGGCUGAUAUAGUGGCUUCUAGCGAGCUGCUGGCCGUUCCCCGCGACUCUCUGCCUCUCCGUCCACCUUUCUCCCCAUUGCCCCGAGGCCAUCCGUUUCCCCUAGUACCAGCGCGACGAGUCCCAAUUCAUCACUUCCGGCUGCUGCUAGCGCGUACGCUGCAGUGUCAGCUGCGGCGACUCUCCCAGGGAGUACGACAGCAACCGCAGCAGGAUAUCUCUCUUCACCACCCAUCACAUCUGUCCCACCGUCAUUCUGCUCCAUGGCCGCCACCACUGACAGCAUGUCCAUGUCCAUGGUGAAUCCCCUGCUCGUGGAUGCGCAUCGCAUGUACAGCGACCUGGCGGUAUCCUUUGCAGACAGCAAUGCCAUCUACGCGCUGGAGGACCUGGGAUUAGAUGACGUCAGUGCAACCAUGCUCGCUGCCGAUUCUGUCUUCCAGGGGAACGACUGGGACUGGUUACAUGAUGAUCACCACGAUGGUGGUGUGCUCUAACAUUUGUGGAUCCUCUUGGGUCUGCAGAUUAUUCACUACAAAGUAUUACUCUGUGGAUUCGAGAGGGUCGUUUGGGUAGGGCGGUGGGAGGCCUGGGGUCCGAAAAUGAUGGGGCCGUAUAUGAUGUUAUGAGAAACGAAUUGUACUGAGAAAAUGGUAUGGACCAGUCGGGAUCAACAGGACCUAUCUACUUGCUUACUUUACUUGACUGGUUCAAUUAGAGGAGAAUUGCAUUGCAUUGCAUGUAUGUGCAUGUAUAUAGCGUGGGCAGGCUGAAUUGAUUUACUGCAUAAGGUUCAUUCCAGAUUCCGCUAAGUAAC